GAGGUGUUGGGAGCAGACCUCGAUGACUUCUCCGUUCCACUGAUGGACAUGGGCCUGGAUUCUCUUGCUGCAGUUGAAUUCCGCAACCGCAUCCAAUGUUGCUUCGAGGGAGUGCGAUUGAGUUCUACGGUGAUGUUUGAUUAUCCCACCGUUGCCGGCCUGACUGACUUCAUUCUUUCGCAGUUCGCGCCAGAUGACGAUGUCGCUGAUGUGGAUGUAAAAGGGCGCGGAGACACGAUUCUGCGGGAGCCCUUGGCCCUCAUGGGAAUCGCAGGGAGAUGUCCAGGCAUGGCAGCUGGCAAUGACAUCUCCGACUUCUGGGCUUUCCUCUGCAGUGGGCGGGAUCCGAUUUCACGGGUUCCCAUCGAGCGCUUUGAUGUAGACGAGUUCUACGAUGAGGACCGGUCUGCGCCAGGGCGUGUAUACGUUCGCCAAGGCGGGUUCAUCAAUGAUGUGGACUUGUUUGAUGCAGCCUUCUUCGGUAUUGCAAAGCCGGAAGUGUUGGCCUGCGUGGCGGGAACCAACUUGCAGCUGCGGCAGGGCAUUUCGUCCUGGAUUGGUUUCUGCAAGAUGGGGGCACUCUCUGGCGACGGUCGGUGCAAGACAUUCGAUGAGUCCGCCGAUGGUUUCGGUCGCUCGGAGGGCUCCGGAUCCUUCAUUUUGAGCCCCAAGUCCGAGGGUACCCUGGCACACGUGAUGGGAAGCUGUGUGAACCAGGACGGUCGCAGUGCAACCAUCACGGCGCCCAGUGGACCCGCUCAGCAGCGUGCCCUCAACAAUUCCCUACGCGACUCAGAGCUCACGCCUUUGCAGGUGUCGCUGAUAGAGUGCCAUGGCACAGGAACUGCCUUGGGAGAUCCUAUCGAGAUCGGUGCUUUGGAGAAUGUCUACGGCAGGGACCGGCUUGAGAGCGCCCAGCUCAUUCUUGCUGCUGUCAAGUCCGUGACUGCACAUCCGGAGGGUGCCGCAGGCAUUGUGGGGCUUGCGAAGCUGGUGAAGAUGAUGCAGCACGGGCAGGUACCAGCUAAUCUUCACUUACAUCAGCUGAAUCCUAACAUAGACCUUUCCUCCUUUGAGUGCAAGAUGCCAGAUUGCCUUCUGGACUGGAGCCCGGCUCCGCGCUUGUCUGGAAUCAGUUCCUUCGCGUUCUCUGGCACCAACUGCCACAUGAACAUGCAGGAGGCAACUCCAGGUGAGAUGAACGCAUUGCUGUCUGCCGCAGAAGCUCGCGCUCCGUUGAUCUGGUCUCGCAGCAUGAUGUCGCGCCAGGACCCUGUGGCCUUCAAUCCCAGCAGCUUCAGCUGGGCUCGCACGAAGCACCCGCUUGUGAUGGCUCCUCGCCAAGGCUCCGAGCCUGGCAUUGUGGUCUUUGCAGCACCUAUACAGGGCAAAGUUCUCAAGCUGCUGUCGCAUCAUCGUGUGCACGGCGAGAUCGUUGUGGCAGGCCUGCUGGCGUUACAGCUGCCUCAACAAUCUUCAAGUACUUGUAGCUUAAUGGCGAUUGCCCAACAGGAACAACGGACGGUGGAUCAUGCAUGUGCGACUUUGACGGUAGGCGCAACGUACGUGGAGAUGGUGAUCGCGGCAUGUGCGUCCGGCCAGCCUGGCCGCGACAAGAAAGGCUUCGUGUUGGAAGAUUUUCUCUUCCUGAAGCCUAUGAUCCUAAGACUCGGCGAUGAUGACAAGGCAAGGAAGAUCUAUCAAUGA